CUCUUCAGAUCGGAGCGCUCCGACCUGCUGCGCGCGCCAGCUGUCAGACAAUCGGGACCCGAGCCACAGCUAUGACCCUGCCCCGCUCUCUCUACCUGGAUUAACUGUCAAGUGACCGCCGCGUGUCGCCCCCAGCCCCCCUCCAUCACCGUCCCAGCCCGCAGCAGCAGCAGCCUGUUCAUCAGUCCCCCCCUCCCCUCCCCUCCCCCCUCCCCAAAGUCUCCAACUCUCCCCUCUGUUCUGCGGCCAUGGGGUGCGUCGCGUCCUCUUCGCCUGGGCUGCUGAGGGUCUGGACCGUGCUGUGAGGCGGACACCAGCUGGAUUUAUGGUCCGCAAAGCUGCGACUACCAGCCGAGGGAAAUUAGUGGAACUUUGAGCUCCGGGAGGAUGCAGGGGACGUGUUGGUGCGCCGUGUUCCUCCUGACUCCUGCUCUUCUCCUGGUUACGAGUGCCCACGCCUCAAAGUCGGAUAUUGUCAAGUCGGGAAGCCCCAAAUCCACACUAAAGCAUAUAUGGACAGGAAGCAGUAAGGACAUGUCCAUCAGUAGGCUGCUGUCACAGACACUUCAUGGAAAAGAGAACAUCACAGCCUUGGACCUUCGCUAUGAUACUCCAGAGCCCUACUCUGAGCAGGACCUGUGGGACUGGCUGAGGAACACCACAGACUUGCAGGACUCGCGGCCGCGUGCUAAAAGGCGGCCAAUGGUUAAGACGGGGAAGUUCAAGAAGAUGUUCGGCUGGGGGGACUUCCACUCUAACAUCAAGACGGUCAAACUCAACCUGCUGAUCACCGGUAAGAUCGUGGAUCACGGCAAUGGCACCUUCAGUGUCUACUUCCGCCACAACUCCACAGGCCAGGGCAACGUGUCCGUCAGCUUGGUCCCUCCAACCAAGAUAGUGGAGUUCGACAUGGCGGCACAGCAGUCCGUCAUCGAUGCAAAGGACUCAAAGUCCUUCAACUGCCGCAUAGAGUACGAGAAGGUGGAGAAGGGUGCCAAGAACACACUCUGCAACUUCGACCCGUCCAAGACCUGCUACCAGGAGCAGACCCAGAGCCACGUCUCCUGGCUCUGCUCCAAACCUUUCAAAGUCAUCUGCAUCUUCAUUUCCUUCUACAGCACCGACUACAAACUGGUGCAGAAAGUUUGCCCAGACUAUAACUACCACAGUGACACUCCCUACUUCCCUUCUGGCUGAUGUUCCCAUUCUAUGAUCUCAUAUACAGAAAAGUGGACGAGUGGAGCACAAACUGGGGCUUCUACCCAUCCCAGAGAAAUGUGUAUGUUAGCCGUACUGUCCCUAACCAUUUUCAUACCACAGUCAGCCAUUCCAACUGAAUUCCCAAUUUAAUGUUCUGACUUUUGCAGAGAGAUUUAAAAUGUAAAAGGUGGUAUGGUAUAUAAGACUGUGAAGUGCUUGCAAUGACCUGAACAACUCUGUGAUUACUAGCAGUUAGAAUGUUGAUCCUGAAUUAUGUUUUGUCUCUGUUGUGUAAAUAGCAGGGCUUUUUGGUCCUUUUGGGAUCACUUUUAAACUCUGCCCUUUGUUGUUUGCUUUAUUUUUAGUUCACACGUUUCAAACUAGAUGUUGAAAACUUAGUUUCCUCCCUUAGCAUAUAACUCUGCACAACAACAUAUGGACUGUUCACCCCUCCUGUGCUAUUUACGCUCUGCAGUUUAUCCUGCAUAAAUGGAAAACUAAAUUAGUUCCUCAUCUAAAAAAAAUGAAAAAAAAACUCCUUUUUAUAAACCUGCAAGGCAGCUGAGGAGAACAGUCAAGAUUUGAAUGUGCGUUUGAUGCUUUUAGCAAUGUAAGGUGGUCUUACCUAUGUAGGGGUGAGCUAGAUCUGAGCAGGCUUCCCCCUCAGGUUGGGAGAGAACAUGCGUUAAUGCGCUAAGACACUGUGACCCUGUCACCCUGUCAAUCUCAGCUGUUGCCAGUGUUCUUGCUAGUACAGCUAGACGUUGAGUUUCUUGGGUGAUUGGCUCAUUCUCAGCUGUUUGAAUGUCUGGUUACCUGAUUGAUCAGCGGUUCGUUUGUGGGGGAUGGGGCCUGCUCAUUGUCACUUAAUAUAUCAAAUGUAAUGUAUUGAAUUCUAUAUCUUAGAGCCUAAUUUGUAUGAAUGGUUUGUAUUGUACAUAGAAUAUCCCAAUUGCGCUGCUUCUGUACAUAUCCCUAAUGAGCUGUGUGUUUACCUCUUACCUGCUAAUUCCGCUUGUUCACUCCAUUUAUGCUCGUUCUUGGUUCCUCUAACAAAGAAAAUAAUGUUGCUGCCCUAGUUGUGAUUUUCUUGAAAUCAGCAAUCCUGUACAGAAGCUGUAAAACUGACUAAAUAUAUUAAAAGUAUUCAUUGACAUGUUCUUUAUUGGAGGUGUGGGGGGUAGAGAUGUACAUAUGAAUUAAAGAACACAGUACAUUUUAUCGAUUG